CUUAACUGCCAUCCGACUAAACGGGAGACAUCGAAACGGAAAUGGCUGGCCAUCCAGUUGACUGCUGCAAUGGCACUGGCACAACAGCAAAAGCACUUGGAAAAAAGGCGAACGCUUUAAGGAAACCUCUUUAAGAUAUGCGUGUAGGCACUUUAGCUAUCAGUACGCUCGGAGUUCCCAGGGAAAGAGGAUAUGGCUGUUUUCCUCGCGAUUUUCGGGAUCGCUUUUCUUUGGCCAGCGGCGAUGACACAGUUCCUCGAACCAAAUUGUGGCUUGACAGGCAUCACCCCUAAAAUAAUGCACGGCCAGAAUGCAGAGCACGGAGCCAAUCCUUGGAUGGCGUUCAUUUACAAAACUAACAACCAAAGUGAACCUGAGCUUGUAUGCGGCGGUACCCUUAUCCACAGAGAAUUUGUUUUGACUGCAGCUCACUGUAUUGUUAGUGGCGACAUUCUUGUCGUGCGUCUUGGUGAAUAUUAUUCGCAGAGCAGGUCCAGUACAUCCUGGGACUUUGCAGUGACCAAGGCCUUCAGAAAUAAACUUUAUAAAGCAGCGGAACAUAUCCACGAUAUAGGGAUACUGAGGGUGGGGCCAGAAGUUCACUUUAAUGCAUUUAUCAGACCCAUCUGCAUCCUGACGGAUCCCACAAAAGUUCCCCUCGUCAGUACCUUCAGAGCAGCAGGUUGGGGAAAAACGCACCACGGGGAUACAGCGAGGGUGUUACAGACUUUGGAGCUGAACGAGCUGGAUGCAUCCGAUUGCUACAACGCUUUUUGGGUGAGGACCACCGAGAACCAGAUCUGUGCAGGACAUCCCAUCGGAGACACCUGUAUGGGCGACUCUGGAGGCCCAUUGGUCCACCAGGCCUCCAUUGACGGUCAACUGCGGUAUGUUCAGCUGGGAAUCGUCAGUUUCGGCAGCACGGAAUGCCGAAGUCCGGGGGUCUAUACACGGGUCGCCAGCUAUAUCGAAUGGAUCCUUAAGGUCGUAAAUAACUAUUCGGUGCACAGGCGAUGGAACAUCCAAUUUCGAAAUGAGCCAGGGGAAAACUAAUUUAAAUCGGAAGAAAUUCUGGGGUCUUGAGAAAGCGAUCGACAUAUUUUAUAGUAGUAUUUGCUUUCGAGUCAGUUGGUAUUCAAGGGUUUUGAAUUUAUGGUUUAUUUAAAGUUGUAAAAAAUGUAAAAAAGUUUAAC